AUGGUGGAGCUUGACGGCAAGCACCAAGGCAUGUUCUGCCUCGCGUUUCGGAGCUCCGAAGACACCAUAUCCACCAUUGGGAGCAUCCUGCAACAAGGGACCCGGGUGAGUAUCGACUUGGUCGAAAACAAAGUGGGAUUUUCGCCGUCCGAGUGUUGA